AUGCCGGUGUUCUCGGACCUGGGGCUGGACGUGAUCGACAGCGCGUUCGAGGGGUACAAUGCGUGCGUGUUCGCCUACGGACAGACCGGCAGCGGGAAGACCUUCACCAUGAUGGGUUCCCCGGAGUGCCAAGGCCUGAUCCCGCGUAUCUGCCGUCAACUCUUCUCCCGCGUGGCCGCCGGCAAAGAGUCGGGGGCUUCAUACCGCACCGAAGUCAGCUACUUGGAAAUAUACAACGAGCGGGUGAAGGACUUACUGGCAACUGAUGCUGGUCACUCGCUCAGGGUCAGAGAGCAUCCGAAGCUAGGCCCGUAUGUCCAGGAUCUGUCCAAGCAUUUGGUCUCGGACUACGACGAUAUACAGGAAUGCAUGCACCGCGGCAACCUACACCGGACGACGGCGUCGACGCAGAUGAACGACGUGUCGUCUCGCUCGCACGCCAUAUUCACCAUCACCUUCGUGCAGGCGAGCUACCUGCGCCACAACAACAUGCCCAGCGAGACCGUGUCCAAAGUGCACCUCGUGGACUUGGCCGGCAGCGAGCGAGCAGACGCGACCGGGGCGACAGGCCAGCGCUUAGUGGAAGGCGCGCACAUCAACAAGUCGCUCGUGACGCUCGGCUCCGUCAUCUCCGCGCUCGCCGAGGCCAGCCAGCAGCCGGCUGACAAUCGCACCCCGCGGAGCGCCAAGAAGAACGUAUUCAUCCCGUACCGAGACUCGGUGCUCACGUGGCUGCUCAAAGAUUCGCUCGGCGGGAACUCAAAGACGAUCAUGAUCGCCGCGAUAUCGCCAGCGGACUGCAACUACGGCGAGACGCUAUCGACGCUGCGCUACGCCAACCGCGCCAAGAACAUCAUCAACAAGCCGACCAUCAACGAGGACCCCAACGUCAAGCUCAUCCGCGAGCUACGCGAGGAGAUCGACAAGCUGCGCGCUCAGAUCUCACACAACACCGAUCCCGUGGAAACUGAGCCUGGCGUGCUAGCAACCCUCCAACGUAAAGAAGCCCAAGAGAAGGUGCUCACAGAAAAAUGGACGGAGAAAUGGCGGGAGACGCAGCAGAUCCUGCAAGAACAGAAGGCAUUGGGUCUCAGGAAGAGUGGACUUGGCGUCGUGCUGGAUUCAGAUAUGCCGCAUCUCGUGGGCAUUGAUGAUAACCUGCUGUCUACUGGCGUCACGCUGUACCAUCUGAAGGAGGGUGAGACGGUAAUAGGCACGGCUGACUACAAGCCGACCCCAGACAUCGUGCUGAGCGGCGCGGGCGUGCUGCCGCUACACGCGCGCGUGACGCUGGCGCACGGCACCGCCACGCUGCAGCCCGCGCCCGCCGCGCAGUGCUGGCUCAACACCGUGCUCAUCGACAAGCCCGCCAAGCUCAGCCAAGGCUGCAUCUUACUCCUGGGCCGCACGAACAUGUUCCGCUACAACGACCCGGCGGAGGCGGCCAAGCUGCGGCAGGAGGGCAACUCGUCCGCCAUGAGCCUCUCGCGCCUCUCGCUGCUGUCCUGGUCCGCCACCGACCUGGCCGCCAGUUCCGAGACCCUCAACGCCACGCUCUCGGAGAUAGAAUCGGAGGCGCGCAACGAGCGCAUGGAGGCGCAGCGCGCGGAGCUGGAGCGCGAGCGGCAGCAGUUCCUGCAGCAGCAGCUGGAGCGCCAGCGCCGCUGGCACGCCGAGCGCGAGCAGCUGCUGCAGCAGCAGAAGCAGCUGGACGAGGUCAGCAGUACUCGAGGCAGGAGACAGGCGGAGGAGCUGGGGCGCGAGCGGCAGCAGUUCCUGCAGCAGCAGCUGGAGCGCCAGCGCCGCUGGCACGCCGAGCGCGAGCAGCUGCUGCAGCAGCAGAAGCAGCUGGACGAGGUCAGCAGUACUCGAGGCAGGAGACAGGCGGAGGAGCUGGGGCGCGAGCGGCAGCAGUUCCUGCAGCAGCAGCUGGAGCGCCAGCGCCGCUGGCACGCCGAGCGCGAGCAGCUGCUGCAGCAGCAGAAGCAGCUGGACGAGGUCAGCAGUACUCGAGGCAGGAGACAGGCGGAGGAGCUGGGGCGCGAGCGGCAGCAGUUCCUGCAGCAGCAGCUGGAGCGCCAGCGCCGCUGGCACGCCGAGCGCGAGCAGCUGCUGCAGCAGCAGAAGCAGCUGGACGAGGUCAGCAGUACUCGAGGCAGGAGACAGGCGGAGGAGCUGGGGCGCGAGCGGCAGCAGUUCCUGCAGCAGCAGCUGGAGCGCCAGCGCCGCUGGCACGCCGAGCGCGAGCAGCUGCUGCAGCAGCAGAAGCAGCUGGACGAGGUCAGCAGUACUCGAGGCAGGAGACAGGCGGAGGAGCUGGGGCGCGAGCGGCAGCAGUUCCUGCAGCAGCAGCUGGAGCGCCAGCGCCGCUGGCACGCCGAGCGCGAGCAGCUGCUGCAGCAGCAGAAGCAGCUGGACGAGGUCAGCAGUACUCGAGGCAGGAGACAGGCGGAGGAGCUGGGGCGCGAGCGGCAGCAGUUCCUGCAGCAGCAGCUGGAGCGCCAGCGCCGCUGGCACGCCGAGCGCGAGCAGCUGCUGCAGCAGCAGAAGCAGCUGGACGAGGUCAGCAGUACUCGAGGCAGGAGACAGGCGGAGGAGCUGGGGCGCGAGCGGCAGCAGUUCCUGCAGCAGCAGCUGGAGCGCCAGCGCCGCUGGCACGCCGAGCGCGAGCAGCUGCUGCAGCAGCAGAAGCAGCUGGACGAGGAGCGCGUAGCAAUGGAGCGCGAGUAUGCAGCGGCGUGCCGACGGUUGUCCGGCGACUGGCGCGCGCUAGAGCGCGGCUGGACGCACCGCCGGCGCGCGCUUCGCUGCCGACAGCGGGAGUUGCGCGCGCGCACGCAGCGGCUGAAAGCGCUCGCUGAUACGCUGCAGGCGCAGGCGGAGAGCGAAGAGGCGCGAGCGGGCGAACUGCGGACACAAGCGGACCGGAAGAGGACCGAGCUGGAGGAAUACGCCGCGAGGACCAUUGAGGACCUGAGGACUAAGGGGAUCAAGAGCACGUCGCCGUCAAGCGGCACGAGCCCCGAUUGCCUGCUGCAGCUGCUGCAGCAGUGUGAGCCCGCGGCCGCGCGCGCCAUACAGACCACCGUCGACCGACACAAAAAAGAGCUAGAAGAGUUAGAAGAGGAGCUGGAGUGCCGCGCGUCAUCAGUAGCAUCGCACCGAGUCAAGGUGGAGCGUCUGCAAGCUGAACUGCGCCUACUGCACACUCAACAGCUGGGCCUGCGCCAGGCGCUCGCCGCCGACCUCAGCCCGCCACCAGCGCCCAGCGAAGGAGAGCUGUCGCCGCUAGAGGGUGUAAAACGCAGUAAAUCCGAACUGGUGCUGCGACGAACGCCGCGGGAAGAAGUACUAGAGCCGCUGUCUGCUGACGAGCGCGAGGAGUUUAGAAACAAGAAGAUGAGCUUAAGCCUCAGCCUGGACCCGUUAGCGUCGCCCAACGCGAUCAACUGCGAGGACACCUUCCACACGGCGUCCUGCAGCUCGCCCAAGCCCUUCCCUGAGACCUCUGACCCAGCAACGCCCACUACUGUUGAUGGGUCGCUCAGUACGGAGGAUACGCCAGCUCCGCAGUUCAGGAUCGGACCCGCGCCCGUGCCUGAUGAUAGCGAUGACAUGUCCAGCACUGAAGACUACCAUAAGCCUAGAAUAGUAGAGGGACAGUCGUCGAGCUCAGUAGAAAGAUCACCGGAAGAAAGACAGCAGAAGGCCAAAUACAGAAGAAGGAUUACAGGUGAUUCCCUGCGCGGGCGGCGCCAGGUGACCGAGGCCGAAGCCCUGCGCGCCAUGCAGCGGCUGUGCGCUCGCAUCGCCAGCCAGAAGCUGCUCGUCAUCUCCUCGCUCGAGAACGACUGCUCCAAGGAGGAGCUCAACCGACAAAUCGCGGUCCUCCAAGAGCUCCAGAAGAAAUACGUGCGUCUGGAGAUGGCUUUGCAGUAUUCCUUCUUCGACAGCCAAAGCCAGCGGCGGCCGAUGAUGGUCACGCCCAUCCAGGAGACACCUUCGCUGACGCUGUCCGAGAGCGACAUGCAUGUGGCCACCGAGGCCGGCGAGGAGCCCCGCGCCAACCGGCGGCAGAAACCGGCGUCGGACGACAGCGACUGCCCGCCGGACGCGCUUCCGGAGAACGGACACAUUUACGACCCGCUGCUCAAUAGAUUAAAAGAACAAGAACUAGAGGGGUCCGACAACGUGUCUACAUCAAACGACGAGCUUCCAGCCAGCGGCGACAGCGACGUGUGGGACCCCUUACGCCGGGGGUCCUCUACGGAAUUACACCGGGGGUCCUCCACGGAACUGCACCCAAGACCCCGCACUGAAGACCCCCCAUUACCGGAUCCAACGAUACAAAUUGGUCUCAUGCAUCCGGUGGAUUUCAGCGAGGUGAUAAGCGUGGCGGGCUGGGUGACGCGCGGCGCGGGCGCGGGCACGCACCACGAGUACGAGGUGCGCGUCACGCUGCCCGACUGCCGCUGGCUGCUGCUGCGCCGCUACCGCCGCUUCCGCGACCUCUACCUGUGCGCGCGCCGCCUCUACGGGCCCAAGGUACGCAGGGGACACGCCACGAGGCACCGUACCGCAGGGGACACGGCACGAGGCGCGCGUCACGCUGCCCGACUGCCGCUGGCUGCUGCUGCGCCGCUACCGCCGCUUCCGCGACCUCUACCUGUGCGCGCGCCGCCUCUACGGGCCCAAGGUACGCAGGGGACACGCCACGAGGCACCGUACCGCAGGGGACACGGCACGAGGCGCGCGUCACGCUGCCCGACUGCCGCUGGCUGCUGCUGCGCCGCUACCGCCGCUUCCGCGACCUCUACCUGUGCGCGCGCCGCCUCUACGGGCCCAAGGUACGCAGGGGACACGCCACGAGGCACCGUACCGCAGGGGACACGGCACGAGGCGCGCGUCACGCUGCCCGACUGCCGCUGGCUGCUGCUGCGCCGCUACCGCCGCUUCCGCGACCUCUACCUGUGCGCGCGCCGCCUCUACGGGCCCAAGGUGGCGUCGAUCCCGUUCCCGGCGCGGCAGCUGUGGUCGUCGGAGGCGGUGGCGCGCGCGCGGCGGCCGCAGCUGGAGCAGUUCCUGCGCCGCUUGCUCGGCGCCUGCGCGGCCGACGCGCGCUGCGUGCUGCACCGCGCGCCGCUCACCAAGGACUCGCUGCUCGCUUUCUCGCCCUUCUUCCGCAAGGGCGUUUUCGAGAGCGGCAAGUGCGGCACGGGAUGAUGCCGCGCGGAGCUCGCCGCCGCCGCCGCGCACUUACUGGCCGCGCUGCUGGCCGCCGCGCGCGCGCUCGCCC